AUGACCUACGUCUCAAAUGAUCCCAGUUGGUGGCAGUAUAUCAAUUUGGAUAUUUUUGUCAGCUAUUGGACAGUUGCCGUGGGCGUCGUGGUGGUAUACGAUUGGGUCCUAACAUUCGGACAAGAGAUUGAACUCAUCUGGAGACAACGCUGGUCUCUCAUGACCGUGCUGUAUUUGAUUGUUCAUACGCUAUAUUGGAAUACCAUAUUCUGUUGUCCAUCUUCUGGAAUAUGUGCCAUCGGUAUCGCUGACAGAUGCAGCACUAUCACGUACUCCGCAGUAAGUGGGACAAAUGUGGCCUUGACUGCUAUGUUGGGCGUCAUCAUGAUUGCUCGGUUGCAUGCCAUGUAUCAGGGAUCUAGAAUGAUGCUUAUGUUCCUUGUUAUUAUUUUCCUGGCUGUAAACAUCGCCUGCGGAGUAAUGGCAGCAAUAGGACUCAACGAUACUGUACUGGAUGAGUUCAUACUCUCUGGCAUAUAUAUGUGCGGUUAUGUAUAUGGAGAGAACGACCAGCUUUUUAUUUCGAUCAUUUGGAUGCUCAACACUGUUUGGGAGGUCCUCGCAUUGUGUCUUUCAGUUUGGGUUGCUGUGAAACACUUCCGUGAACUGCGACAACUCGGCCCAUCGACAGGAUCGACCAUCGGGGACUGUUUCAGAGUACUGAUACAAUCUCACGUUCUUUAUUUUGCAAGCUUUGUUGGUGUCUCUUGCAUCCAGCUUGCUUAUCUCUCUCCAGAAAUCGCGGAUUCGAAUUCCAUUGGAGCUCAAAUACUCCUUGCUUCUCUUCAAAUUUUAUUGGUCAUGCAGAUGUUUGUACUAGGACCACGCCUCAUCCUUAGCGUUCGAGAAUGCAGCGCGGAACUCGUGGCAUACUCCGAUGCAGAAACUAGCAUGAAUUCGAUUGUUUUCCAGGAGCAUGUAUAUGUAUCAACUAGCAGUACUGUGUAG